CUGCCUGCCUGCCUGGGCUCCUGCCUCACUCAGCCACACUCAUCUUCUCAUCAGCACUGGCCAGGUCGGUCAGUCACGCACGCACUCGCUCAUCUGUUUCGCUUUUGGAGGAGCUCGACGAGCGACGGGAGGGGACGAGAGCUGAGCGGGCGAGAGGCGAGGCGAGGCGAGGCAGGGAGAGGGAGAGGGAGAGCGAGAGCCCAGAGCUGUAGCGAUCGAGGCAUUGCGUCGCUCGAUUCUGGUGUAGUGGCGCCGGGUGACUCUUGGUCUUACAUGUGCGUGGGAAGUCCGGCAGGCGUCGAGGACGUGGUGGCCGCUUCACGGAAAGAGCACUUGUCUUCUUCGGGCGGGCGGAUUGGAGCGCAGGUCUGAGGUUCCUGGGAGCUGUACGCAAUUUGGGUCGGGGCGGGCGGGGCCAAAGAACGAAUCUCGCGUUGGAAACAGGAGUCGCUCGAGAGGUCUGGUCCGUCGGUGCGGGGUGUCAGGGUGGUGCGCGAGUAGUAUGCUGGGGAGCAAUCCGGAGGCCGCAGCAGCAGGCCAAGAGAGCAUGCAGCAGGUAGAGCACGUCCGCGAGGUGGAAACGCACGACAAUCAUGGUAGUCUGGGGAGAAGAUCCUGACACUGGUGGUAUAUAGGGUUUCACCGAGCCUUAUUCGCGAGACGUCCGACGCAACUGGUCACUCACUGGUGGUCGAGGUGCGACUCGCGGAAGUCGGGAGGAAUUUGCUUCACGCACGACUCAGCAAUUCCAGAGCAACCAACCCGCGGGAGAGGGUUGUUCAAUUCGGUCGGGGAAUUUCUUGGGCAAGAAUUGCCGGUGGAAUAAGCGCCGCAGAGCAUGUGAUCAGGGGCCAGUGCUGAGAGCACGAAAUUUGUUCGCCCGAGCCUGAGGUUUCACUCGGGCACUCGACUGAGAACGCGCCUGUCGAUCGCCAGCGGUGAGCAUGGACUCCUGAUAGUAACAGCACCGCGGUAAUGGCGUUUUCCUCAUCGGGAACACCCAUGAGCAUGAAGGAGCACUCGCUGGGAGUAAGCAUCGGGCCCGGGGCGUCCGUCGGUGUUUCGUCUGCUGGGUACACCACCUUCGCCCCUGCCUCGCACGAUUUUCAGGGCCCGGUGGAGUUUUCGCAGCAGCAGCGCGAGUAUCUGGCGCAGCGGAGCAUGAUGGGCCAGGCGGCCGAGCAGCAGCACUCGCAGGGCCGCGGCCAGGGCGGAGGCCAUUCGCAGGGCCAGCACAUCAACAUGAACGAAGGUGCCAAGCCUUCCACCGUUUCAACUCACGAUUUUCUGUCUCUGUAUGCCGAUAACUCGAACCAGUACGCCGAGCAUCACGACAAUAUGCGAGGGUUGUCGUCGGCCUUGACAACCAAGGAUUUUCUGCAGCCUCUGGAGACGCGAGGCAAUCACGCAGCUUUCCGAGAAGGGCAGCCGUCGCGAGGUGAGAAGCACCCCCGACAACCCGAAGGCUUGCCCCACGGCAGCACUCCUGCUCCGCCAGCUGUGGUCGAGCGGCUCCUCUCCACUGGCAUGAAUGUGUACAACGGUGGGCACGGGGUGCCGAACUACGGGCGCGUUGCUAAAGGUGCCAUAGACUUGCCUGCGAACACAAUGGUUAGAAUGGUCGGUGAAGGAAAUGUGGAAAUGAGGGGCAGGGGAGGAUUCAAUCCCUCGGCCGGUUCCAUGGUGACCCGUGAGGAUCACGAUGCUCGAAACGACCUUCCCAAAGAUCAGGAUGCUGCCCCAAGAGGUGACAACCUCGCAUACUGGUCAAACGUCCGCAUGAAAUUCGGGAUGCUUCCUCCAGAGUUGAAUUACCAUUCCCAGCCUAACCAACCCACAUCUCAUGUCGUCAUGGAAAAUGUACAGCAACCACCUGUACCCAACAUGCCUAAGCCGUGGCCACAGGGUGUUCAGGGAGUGAUUGACAUGACCAAAAGGCCUACCAGAGUACUGUCGGAAGACGACGAAGAUGAUGAGGAAGAAUAUGGAGAUCGUCCGAGGGAAACCCGCAGCAAAGAACCCUUGUCUAAAGCUGAUCCAGCGCAGAAGGUUGACGGUAAAGCACCCGAAAACAGAGGUGGAACGCCAAGAUCAAAGCACUCAGCCACUGAACAACGGAGACGCAGUAAGAUUAACGACAGGUUCCAGAUGUUAAGAGAACUAGUGCCUCACAGUGAUCAAAAGAGGGACAAAGCUUCUUUUCUUUUGGAAGUGAUCGAGUACAUUCAGGUCUUGCAAGACAAGGUUCGAAAAUUUGAGACUGCUGAGCAGGGAAGGCAUCAAGAUCGCCUAAAAAACAUGGUCUGGGAUCUUUGCAAGAGAGGUGGAUCUGGUCCCGGAGAUACAAGUAUCGAAGCUACGUGCAUGGAUGCUCUUGCGUACGCGAAGGAGUUUGUGCCUUCUUCUGCCGGACUACCAAUCGACGUUAAGCAAGUGACUGAAGCCGCUGAGGUGGUUAGGCAGAGGGCUGUAGCCAAUGCUGACGAAAAUGGUAGCACCGAGUUGUCACACAAUCCACAGCACACUCACAAAAGUGGACAUCAUGGAGCUAGUUCGUCUCACGAUGAGAAAGAGGGUGCAGCCGUAUUGGGAAAAUCGCCCUUGUCGUCUCAACAGCAUCAAGGACAGACCACUUUUAGUAGUAGAAACCUACAACACGCUUCACAGUCCAAGCAGCUAAGUGCUGCUUCCGAUGCCCAAGCCAAUGUUGCCGGUGAAGGGCAAGUACAGAAUUCUUCUACCAUUGCCCCUGCAACGGGAGCAUACGAUCAACAUGAUAAAGCGAAUGAGGUGGAGCCCUCACAACAAACUAGGACUCAGGCAAGCACUCAACAAUCACAAGGUGAAGGGGAUACCAGCGAUCAGCAACAUCCAGACACCAGACAUCGACAUGGAACUACCACGGCGGAAGAUACAGGCAACGGGCAUGCUGCAUCUUUCACUGAUGACCAAUCAAACACGAAGCCUCACAUGAAAUCGGACCGACAACAUGGCUACGGAAGUUCUCCUCGAUCCACGCAUAACUCUCAGGCCACGGAUACUUCUCAGGCCAAUUGGCAAGGCCAGCAACAUGGCAGUUCAGCUGAAAACUCUCAGCAAAAGGAAGAGUCACGCGGAGCCACAACAAGUGCACAAGGACAAGACCCACUGACGAUUCAAGGUGGUGUCAUCAACGUCUCCAGUGUCUACUCCCAAGGGCUGCUUGACACAUUAACACGAGCGUUGCAAAGUUCGGGACUAGAUUUGUCCCAAGCCAACAUAUCCGUCCAAAUUGAUCUAGGGAAGAGUAUUUCAUCUGCAGCUCUCCCUCCAUCUACCCCGAAGGUGAGCGGACAACCAGCUGAAACUUCGGGGCAAAGACAUCAACAACAAUCUGAGAGUCAUACAAGGCAGCAGGGAGGGUCAAGUACAGACCCAGAACAUCCUCCUCUCAAACGGCCAAAGCUAGAGAUGGAGCUGUAAAACUAGUGCAGAGGAAGUCAAAAGCAACGUAUCAUAUAUUUGUCAUCACAUGUCUGGUUUGGUCUGAAGGACGUGGGGUGACAAAUAGGCCCGCUGAUUGGAUAUGUGCAUGAAAAGGACGGAUGUUCCUAUCUUCGACAGGGUUUUAAGUCCAUCUCUUUUACAAAAGUUCUUGGAACCCACUUUCAGAUGGUAUCACAUGGCUGCCAGUGUAUACGGUGGCUGUCUGAGUAAAGGCGGCCGAUCUUGUUAAGGUGCAUGAUGCAAACAUCAGUCAACUGCAACAUGCACUUAGAAUCAAUCCAUUUCAUGCAGACAGUGCAGUUUUUCUUGCAAUGUGUGGCAGAACGGUGAACUGCCAACCUCUCAUUAUCUAGCACUUGUAAAGCGUUGUGAAUUUUCCAUUCGUUUGGAUCCCAUAGAAAAUUAAGUGUCGUGGUGCCCCGCCAGCCAACAGUUAGUUGUAAAUUAGGCCUCAAUCAACAGUUAUCUUAUCGAUGCGUAAUAAAGCUCCAACAUAAAAUUCCAGC